UAUCCAUUACGGUGUUGAUAAAUAGUUCUAUUAUAUUUAUCAUAUAAUGCAAACAGACAGUAGUUAAUUAUUAUAGUUUGCUCCAAUAAAACAAGCAUAGCAAAUAUCUUUUUUCAUACGUCUAAAAGAUUGUGGUGGAUUUCUAGGUCGUUGGUGGUGGCAGUUUUUUUUUUUAAAUGCGUGGCAACUGGCAAUUCUGUAGCGGGGUUGUACCUGCGUGAACCCGGGGGGAAAAAACGUAAAGUUGAGAAGCUGUGAUUGCAAUGGGGUGUCUUGGGACUCUUGUGUCGUUAUGUGUAAUGUGGGGACUUGUACUAAUUCAUGUCCAUGGUAAAUCGCAAAACAAGACUCGAAAUUUACUGCUCAUUAUUGCGGACGACGCCGGGUUCGAGAUGGGCACCUACCGGAACAAGGUCUGCCAGACGCCGAACCUCGACGCGCUCGCCAAGAGGAGCCUCAUCUUCAACAACGCCCACACCUCCGUCAGCAGCUGUUCCCCGAGUCGGUCGGCCAUCCUGACGGGCCAGCCCGCGCACCAGAACGGCAUGUACGGCCUGCACCAAGGCGUGCACCACUUUGACUCCUUGGACGGCGUGCGGAGCCUGCCCGCGGUGCUGGCGCGACACGGCGUCCGGACAGGAAUCAUCGGCAAGAAGCACGUCGGUCCGAGCAGCGUCUACCCCUUCGACUUCGCGGAGACUGAAGAGAACAACUCGAUCCUGCAGGUCGGCAGGAACAUAACCAGGAUCAAGCUGCUGGUGCGAGAGUUCCUGGCCCGGAACAAGUCGCGGCGUGGGGCUGGUGCUGAAGGAGCUGAGGGACGCCGGCUACGAGGACAGCACGCUGGUCAUGUACUCGUCCGACAACGGCAUCCCCUUCGCCGGCGGGCGCACCAACCUCUACGACCCGGGCAUGGCGGUCCCGCUGCUGGUGUCGUCUCCCGAGCGCGACGGGCGCCGCGGGGAGGUGACCUACGCCAUGACCAGCCUGCUGGACGUGACGCCCACCGCGCUGGACUGGUUCGGGGUGCCCGCGCCCGCCCGCCCGCCGCUCACCGGCCGCUCCCUGCUGCCGCUGCUCCGCCGGGAGCCGCCGCCCGGGGACGCGCGGGCCGUGUUCGCCAGCCACAGCCACCACGAGGUCACCAUGUACUACCCCAUGCGGGCGGUGCGCACCAAGCUGUGGAAGCUCGUGCACAACCUCAACUACCUGAUGCCCUUCCCCGUGGACCAGGACCUGUACGUGUCCGCCGCCUUCCAGGACCUGCUGAACGGCACGCGGGCCGGCCGGCCGCUGGGCUGGUACAAGACGCUGCGGGACUACUACCACCGCCCCGAGUGGGAGCUCUACCACCUGAAGAGCGACGGGGACGAGCUGCGGAACCUGGCCGGAUCCCCGGACCACCAGGCCGUGCUGUCCCAACUGAAGGCACAGCUUCACGGCUGGCAGCAGGCGACGGCGGACCCGUGGCUCUGUGCGCCGGGGGGCGUGCUGGAGUCCACCGGGGCCUACGCGAAGCACCCCCAGUGCCUGCCCCUCGACAACCUGUGAGGCCGGCCGCCCCCUGCCGAGCACUGACCAGAUCCCCUGGUUUCGUUUUCGUGCCGACUUCGUUUUUGAAACAGGAAAAAAUUUGUGUCACUCUUUCAUUUUUUUCAUCAACUGUAUUUAUUCAUGAAUACAACGCUUACCUACUUGUCCAGUUGAUACUCACUCGACCUUUUUUGACCGAUACGUAAUGCGCAAGCAUCGUCAAAACUACCAGGAACAAUACAAAUACGUCAGUAGGGCCCAGAAAAAUUAGCAUCUUGCUACGGAUGCUGUUUAUUUCUGAUUUCCAACAUAUUUUUAGCUAAUUUUUCUUAAUAUGUGUUUUCUGGAAAGUAACUUUUGUUUUAAGAAGUUCUUUCAAAGUUUAAAAUAAUUCACAGGUUAACCCUGGAUUUUUUUUACACUUUAACACUUUAGCGCUCUCGGCAUACAGCAUUUGGUAGGAGUCAUUUCGUGAGUGGAACGCACGUCGACUGGAACACAAAUAUGUAAGCACAGUGCUGCCAUCUGUGGAAAACUCGGAAAUCUCAAAAAUAUGGCAGACAAGCGUGAUUCAUCCGCAUUUAUUGAUUUUGUGAACAUUGCAGAAUUUACGCUGCACAUAGGAGUUAAAAAAAAUAAAACUUUAUUAUAUUACAACUAUAUAAUUCGUAGCCAUAAAAAGAAAUAAUACCAAAUUAAAAAUAUCAUGAGAAUCAUGUUGUUACAACCCAUAGUUAACAUUGAAAUGUAGAGAUACAACAGCUUUUGUCAUACUUUAGAGACGCAAAAAAUUGUUAGCCUACGUAGUAUAUUCGACGCCAUGAAAAAUAAAAUAUUUUUGUGAUGAAAUUUUUACAGUUAAAUCCUUAAUGGUGAAUAAGGUUUGUUUGUAGUGAUUUCUGUAAUUUAAGCAAAAGCAAUUAUACAUAUAUUAUAUGUGUUAUAUGUUUUAAAAUGUUUCAUGUUAAUUUUAUCUAUUGGAAUGCAAGUUUUAGUUCGAAAAAUACUUAAAAGAAAGUGCCGCAUUUGUACCAAAAAAAUGUUAAAUAUCUUUGGCGUCGACACAGUUUUCCUGGCUAAUAAAUUAUGGGUUUUUUUUAAAGUUACAAUUUUAUCGUUUGACUAUUCAAUUUUGCAAAUUGUAUUCCAGGGUAGUUUAACCACCAUAAAAUUUACUUUGGCACACCAAUACACUUGGUACAUCUCGAAUGUUCCCGAAAGUUAAUGUAUACGGGUGCGUGUUGUAACACUUGGGUCCGCCAUCUUGAUUAUUUCGGCUCGUGGCCGUAGCAGUUUCUGCCUGCAUUGGAUUUUCAAUCUUUUAAAAUUUCCAUUGUGUAUAAUGCAUGCCUAUUUCAUUGCAUUACUGGUGCAUAGUAAACUUUUUUGUACAUGCAUCAUGGUCAAGCAUUAUUUUUUUAACAAUUCUACAUUAAAUCUGAUGUGCAAGUUUCGCAUUAUAAGUUAUUUGCAACAUGAGAACUCGUGAAUUUGCUCUUUACUAAUUCACAUCGCCAGUGAGCAUUAAAGUGCUUCAUUUUUUUUUUUUUUUAAAUUUAAGUUUCUGAAGCCUUUUUUUGUAACUGAAAUAUGAGCUGAACAAUUUUUAUUUUAGUAUGUUAACGUCAAAUGACAUUUUGUGCAGCUUUCCUGCAGAAUCGACCAAUCAAAAUGUUGGUUUUAUCCGGGAUGAAACUCCUACGGUGAAGAAAGGGUAAAAUGGAAGGACUUUAAUUAGAACAUUUGGAAUGUAAUGAAAAUACUUUAUUUGGCUACGGUAACUUACAACCAGACAACACUCAGCUAGCUACAUCUGUUACAUACGGAUAUUUCUCCAGAAAAUCUGGAGACCCCGAGGGUUUGGCAUAGAAAAAUACUGUAUUUUUAAUAUAUUUUAAUGUAACCUCACCCAAGUUAAAACAGCAUCAACUUUUUCACUCUUUGAGUAUUACAAUUUACUCACUAGUUUAACAUUCCAGUUCACAGAAAGCAAACAGUCAUUUUGAAUCUCAAAAAAGCUUUGUUACAAAACAACGUCAUCUAGUACAGGGUUUCCCACAGACAGGAAAACUGAGGGAGCAGAAUAGGUUUUUUCAAAACAUGGGGAAAACAAUAGGAAAAUUUACAAAAUGUUCAUUACCAAACUGGAUUAGUAAUGUUUUAAUACUAGUUGAGUUUCUUUGAUAUCUUAAAACCAGUCUGUUAUUUUGAUUACAAACUCGUCUGUUAUCCUUAAUCAAAUGUCAAGAACCACAAAUGACUCAACAGUGUGAUGGUUUUGAAGCGUGAUUCAACUGGUCACAAUGAUGUCAUGUUUCAAAGUUGAUCAGGUAUAGUGGUUUUAUAUUACAGACAGGUACCAUUGGUGGAAAAGAUAAAAAGUGCAGACUGUGAAUUUUGCUGGAAAAAAUAUUUUAUAUGAAUUUUAAAUGUUAGGUGUGGUUGAAACAUGUUAACGUAAGUAUUUUUUGUUUACCACAUUAACCUGCGUACGGGUGGCACAUUUUAUGCGAGAUUUUAGUUUUUUAAAAAAUUUAGUGUGUCUCUUAUUACGCGGAGGCCACACAGAGAGCUAGGCUAUGUUCGCUGCACGAGGAGGCCAGACAGAUCAGUCUAGUUCGCAAUAUCGGAGACACAUGCCUCGGAAUUCAAGCAAUGAUUCCGAAAAUUAUGAUUUUGCGCUGGUUCUCACACAAUGUAAACACAAAAAGGAAAUGGGAUCACAAAGUUUAUUCUAAAAAGAAAAUAAUUUGAAGAGUUUCAUAACCUGAUGAAGCAGUUAGUUGCAUUUUGAGGACGAAGCCUAAUUUAUGGAUUAUUUCAGAAUAAAUACAACUCGAAGUUUGAAAGCAUUUCCAUUAAAUCAGAUCCCUGGCAUUUUCCCGCAUAUCCUGCCUUCUAUAUUCUUCUUUCGUCAAUUUAUUCCAUAAAACGUGGAUAUUUUUUUUUUUUACUUCUUCAAUGAACAUUUCUGUUGACAUGACUCACUUGAAGCAAAAUACUGCGAGAAACAUAACUUCAUAUAAAGCAAAACGCUGAAGACGUGCCAUAAUUCCACGCGAAAAACAGAUGUUUGGUUCUUUUAUUAUCUGCGCGCGCGCAAAGUCAGCGACGUUUAUAAAAACAGCCGGGAAACCAAACACCCGGCGACGUCGCCAGGAUCGCCAACACAGCAAACACGGCUCUGUGUUGCCGGUGACACCAGAGACGCAGCUGGCUAUAUUUUACUCGUGUAGUGAACAUAGCUAACUGUGUGGCAGGGGCUUAACACUUUGGAUAAAAAAAAAUAUUUAUAAUCGCAGUGUGUUGAGUAUGUGUGUAAAUAACUCUUCUAUGUUGGUUUUUAAUAUGCAUAUAUAUGUACCGAGUGAUUAAAAAUAGUUUAGUUGAAACAUCUGAGCGGUGCAUGGAAGGCACCGCCGUGCUACAUUUGCCCGCCUGGUGGCGCCAGCGAGAGACGUGACUCGCUGGGCUGGCAUUCGGCUGGAGGUGAGGGAAACAUAUAAAAACUAAACCAGCCGGAGUGUUUGUGUGUGCUCGUGGCCUUGUGGUGGUGUUGACGGUUCUGACCCCCCCUCCCCCUCGCUGAAAAUGUGUCUGCGAACUGGCGCUGUAAGAAAUCUCCCAAGUGUGUCCACGCAACGGUGAACCAACAUUGUUUUUUUUUUUUUUUUUUUUUUGCGUGAGAUUUCUCCCAGCUUUCCAAUGCAACGUUCCAAGACAAAAACUGCAGCUAUCGCCUGUGCUUUGAAAGAAACUGACAAAAAAAAAGGGUCCACCUGCUGCCUUUUUUUCUUUUCUAUUUGGAUGGAGCACUGGUUAAAAAAAACAAUAGCUGGGAAAGGAUCCACACACAUGGUGGGGAUAUUUUAUGUGUGGGAAGGGAAAGCGGUAGCAGUGGAGAGAGAAGUGAGCGCAAGAA